GGAGUGAGGAGACAUCUUAUGUCUCUGGGGUCUAAGGCAAGUGCCACGUGUAAUCUUUACAACUAUCUAGUGAUUGUAGUUAGGGAUCGGUAUAUAGUUCAGGGCAGUGACAGGUUAGGCUUCCGACGGCCACCUAGAGUUAGAGGCCCGGAUGCACUGGUAGAUUAGUUGUCAGGUCAAGGACUCAGUGUUAGGGUAGUCAGGCCUGGAAGAAAUCCUUUCAUCAUCGUCAUCGUCAUCUCCUGGAAGAAUCCUGGAUCUACAGUCAUCCACAGGGGCCCCUGCACCUGGACCAUCUCUUCUGUUGUCUGCAGAUUAAAGUCCAUCAUGGCGUCUCUCAGGAAAGCAUCGAGGUCCAUUUACCAUCUUAGACAGACAUUCACAGAAGUAUUUGAAGAGAACGUGGAGGGCUUUGUGGAUGAGGUGGACUCUCUUCAGCUCAUAACGUACAUGGAGUACACAGAUCUGUAUAAAGCUGUGAACCCGAGAGAGAAAGCGUUCUUUGUGAUAGACCUGAUUCUUCAGAAGGGAGAAGAGGCCUGCCAGAGGUUCCUCGAUCAUCUGGAGAACAUGAUCCAGAGGUUUCCAGGAUUGUGUAGCCUUAAAAAACUCUUGUACAACAAAAGAAGACAUAUCUUGUUUGAAAUGCUGAGCUAUCAUGAAACCUCAAAACUCACCAUAGGAAAUGUCCUCGAUAUUGGAUCAGAUCAUUUAAAUUUACCCGACCCUCUGACACUCGAAGAUAUCCCCAUGACUUUCCUAAAUAAGAUUAUGAUGCUAAAUAGUACAGCAAGGAGCACACAAGUUAUGCAAAAGGACUUUGGCGAUCUGCAAGAUCCUUAUACUGACUGUGAGUUUCAGGAUUUAGAUGCUCUCCACCCUUCAGAUGUCCUCUGUCUUCUCCUGCAUUGUUCUGACUGCUUUCUCCAACAAGAAAUUAUAACCAAGAUGUCAAUGUGCCAAUUUGCUGUUCCUCUGCUGCUUCCUGACGUUGCUGGUCCAUUAUGCACCUUUAUGUUAUGGGCAAUGAGAGACAUUGUGAAGAAGUGGAGACCACAAGCCUUAGCAGACUCUAAAGGGUUCAAAGAAGAUAGAUUGGUGAACAUAUCAAUGCCUGUCUUCUCUUUUGUCAGACUAGGGAAACAAAAGAUGUCAAAGUCUAAGAUACUAAAUGAUGUUCUCAAAACAGCUGAUCAACAGAACACUUUUUUUCUCCACAGGGAGAUGGAAUGUGGAAAUAUAGAUCGAGAAAUUUCAGAAGGAUUAAUAGAGACAGCCUGGUAUUUUCCCAUUGGCAGUAAGAAUUCAGACAUCUUCCCGGAACCAAUUACAGUGAACAAUCUGCGUGGAGACCUUCAGACCCACUGGCCACAGUUCCGUUUUCUAGCACAGAUAUCGAUAGCGGUAUUUAUAUUUAUCGAAAGUCUUGACGAAGAACAGUUCAAACUGUUAUCCAGAUGCAAUAGCAAUGACACAAAGUACUACUUUAUUAUGGAUGCUGCAAAGCCAGGAGACUGGGACUGUCAAAAAUCCUUAAAAAUGUUAUUUCCAGUUCUCAAAAUUGACAGUAAAAAUAUAAUUAUAAAAGGUGCUGCUGUUAACAAUGCACGACUUGUCAGCAAGAUAAAAUAUGUCAUGACAAAUUGCUUAGAAAAUUCCCCCCGUAUAGAAAACCUGGAGGGUAUCUCAGAAACAGCUUGUGAUUUUGGGUUCAAAGUGGAUGAGAGUUUUGAGGAAUGUACAACGGCUAAACGGCUAGCUAUGGAAAUCACCAGUGGAAUCAAAGGGGUUGUGGAAUAUAAGAAACAAACACUGAAGUUACAGGGAGAUCCCUGGAAACGAUUAACUGUGCUAGAAAAAGAACAGUGCAGAAUGAAGAAGCAAGGACUGGAAGAUCUAAACAAUUAUAAGUCUCGCUUGAGCAAGGAGCAUCAUGAGCUGCUUAAGAAGCAAAAUGAGCACAAACUUCCAGAAGGCAUGAUGAAAUUCAUAUGUGCAGUAACUAGGAUGUCACAGAGAGGUAGAAGGUAUUUUAUAAAGUGGAUGAAAUAUAAACUUGAUCCAAUUGCUAGAAAAAACCUAUCUGACUUACGACAUCAAUACGAAGACCUUUGUAUGAGCUUAUCAUCUAUGAAUCAUGAGGAGUUAAAGCAGUUAGAUCAGAAACUAUGUGAUAGCACCUUGGGAACUGAGCACUUCAUGAGGGAGUUGGGUCAACUUUAUGCUGCUGAAUUUUUUAUGCUGAAGAAUGAGAGAAUACAUCAGGGAAAAUUCAGUUCUCUCCCAGGAAUAGCUGCAGAACUUUUUCUAGAUGGUUUCCCAUUGGAGCUGAUUGAUGGAGAUGCCUCCAACAUUCCCUUAGAGUGGAUAACUGAGGUUCUGACUGCGCUGGAUAAGAAGACUGGAGGACAAUGUAGGAUGAGAGUGAUAACUGUGCUGGGGGUGCAGAGUACAGGGAAGUCCACCCUUCUGAACACCAUGUUUGGUCUACAGUUCCCUGUGGCCAGUGGGCGAUGCACACGAGGAGCCUUUAUGACCCUUAUUAAAGUGAAGGAGAACAUCCAGGGAGAAUUUGGUUGUGAAUUUAUUCUAGUGAUUGACACUGAAGGGUUGAAAGCUCCAGAAUUGGUUUCACUUGACGACAGUUAUGAACAUGAUAAUGAGUUGGCCACAUUAGUGAUUGGGUUGAGUGACAUCACCAUAGUCAACAUGUCCAUGGAGAAUACAGCAGAAAUGAAAGAUAUUUUACAGAUAGUGGUCCAUGCAUUUCUACGGAUGAAAGAUGUGGGAAGAAAACCCAACUGUCAGUUUGUCCAUCAGAAUGUGAGCGAUGUGUCGGCCCAUGACAAGAACAUGAGAGACAGAAAACGAUUCUUGGAACAACUCAAUGAAAUCACACAGUUAGCAGCAAAAAUGGAGAAAAAAGGUAAAGUCAACUUUAGUGACAUAAUGAUGUAUAAUCUGAAAGAACACAACUGGUAUAUUCCUGGCUUGUGGCAAGGUAUCCCACCCAUGGCCACAGUAAGCUCUGGCUACAGUGAGAUGGUUAACAAUCUAAAGAUGUAUUUGCUUAGGCAUAUCAAGGAACAUAAAUUGGGCAGCAAUGCACGACAUGUAUGGGAAUUCCUUGACUGGAUAAAAACUUUGUGGAGUGCUGUUAAACAUGAAAACUUCAUCUUCAGUUUUAGAAACAGCAUUGUGGCUGAUGCUUAUAACAAAUUGUGCAUAAAGUACUCUCAGUGGGAUUGGAAUUUUCGUAAAGAAGUCCAUGAUUGGAUCAUUAAAGCUGAAACGACUGUUAAAAAUACUCCACUUGAUAAUAUGAAUGAUGACAUAUGUACUACUUUUAAAAACGAUCUGGAGAACAUUGUACAGAAAGGUGAAUGCACUAUGCAGGACAUGCUGCAAAGCUACUACGAACGCAAAUCUGAAAAUGUGCACCUAAUUGAAGGCUACAGAGAAAAUUUCCGUUUAGAUGUGACAUCUCUUAGCCGAAACCUAAAGCAUUAUGCAUCCAUUAAGCUUGAAGAUGCCCUAAGAAUCCAGAAAGGGAAAUAUAAAAUACAAAAUAUCCAAGGAACGUACCAAAAAAAACUGGAAGAAAAAGUCACAAGUCUUCUAGAGAAAUGCAGAAAGGAAAAGAGUCCUCUGACAGAUGAAAAUCUUAAGGUUGAAUUUGAAGUAAUGUGGAACGAUUCUUCCUCAGAGUUGUCAAGGUAUCGGAUGACAAAACGAAACAUCAACCAAGAAAUGCUUCAGCAGCUGAAGCAGGAUAUGGCUACUAAAGGAGGUUUCAUAAACCAGAAGUUACUUAGUAUCAAAGCUUUGGUAGACUAUAAAGGAUAUUACUUUGAAAUGAAUGAAAAAUAUUUCGAACUCUGCAAUGUGGACCAUAACUCAACAAUGAAACAUGAAUGCUUCCACGAUGUGCAAGAUCUUGCAAUCUCAUUGAUGCAAAAGUGCAGCGAUUAUGUAGAAGAGAAGACAAGCAAAAAAGAAGACUAUGAUGAAACGUACACCUGGGAAUUGCUAAAUAUCAUUAAUGGGUCACUGACCGACGCCCAUAUUUCAAAGCUUCACACAACAUCUUAUUUUGAGCUGGACAUAAAGCUGAAGAUCAUAGGGAAUUCAGUAGAAAGCUUCCAAAUGAUGCAUGAUCAAUUCAUUGAAGAGAACGACCCAUUUCUGUGCCUUGAAAAAUUAAAACCUCACUAUUUUCUCAUCUUUACAAAUAUCUUCCAACAAAAAGAUGAAUCUCAACAUCGAGCCAAAGAAUUCUGUGACCUUGGUUUAAAGCCUGCUCUAAAUGCAUACAUCUACCAACACCUUGGCAAAGACAUAGUUAACCAUUUCCUAAAUGGUGACAAUGCCAGAGUAUAUGGCAGUCGAAGUGUCUUCCAGUAUUCUGUGCUUAAGAAGUUACUUCAGGAAAAGGAUUUCAGCAAGUAUGUUAAAUACAUCAAUUCUUAUGAACAGUUUGUUAAAACAUGGGUAUAUGAAGACUUGAAAGUCAAGUACGGGGGCUCCAAAGACCUAGAAGAUUUACAUCUCAAGAUUCUGUGUUCUAUCAUCAAGAAAAUCGAACUUGCUCUUCACGAGUCAAGGACCCUUCAGAGUAAAAACAUUGCUAGUUUUUUAAAAACUAUCUGCCAAUUUUUAGAGAAGGACUUGGUGAUUCCACAAAAUGUAACCCGAAUGAUUGUUUUUCACAACAAGGCUGAUAUUGGCCAGUUCUCCAGUGACAUUGAAGUAUUUCUUGAAGAAACAAAGGAACAUAUUAGAGAAGAGUUUAAUUCUUUAAGUUUUGAUUUAGUCCUCUCAGGGGUUGUGCUCAAACCUCAGAAUGAAUUGUUCAAGAAAGUUUUUGGAUGUGGUAAAAAAUGCCCAUUUUGCAAAGUCCCCUGUGAGGCAGGAGGAAGUGAACAUAAGGAGCACUUUGCAUCCGUCCACCGUCCCAAAGGGUUGGCAAAAUGUUCAUGGCAAAAAGGCGGGGGCCUAAUAACCUCCACAUGCUCGUUAGAUGUAAACUCGGAAAGGUUGUUCUACAAUACAGAUACAGAUGGUAUAAAUCACCCGUACAAGGAGUAUCGAACAAUCUAUCCAGACUGGGACAUUCAGCCCGAUGUUAAUGACUCCUGUCACUACUGGAAGUAUGUGUUCAGAGAGUUUAAUAGGAAGUUUGCAGAUGCGUAUACAGCAGAAGUGGCUCAGUUUUCAGAAGAUUGGAAGCACGUCACAGAGGAAGAUGCUAUGAGAAGCCUACAGCAGCAAUUUAAUGCUAACGAAGAAUAAAAAGAAAGCAAGAAAAAAAUCACUUUUGCACAAUUUUGAUUGUGUCAAUCACCACAGGAUUCAAUGUCUCUCUAUGGGACAAACAGCUAUGCGACAGUUACAGGAAUUAAUCUUCAACAGGAAAACAUGGAGGUAUGAUGUUAUAGUGAUCCACAAAUGAUCCAGCAAUGUUGCAUGACCAGAAUUGACUGUGGCGCUCUAGCCUUUAUCUACAUACAAUGAAAAACUAUGUAUAAUCUACAUAUAAUGACAACCUAUAUAUAAUGAUAUAAAGCUGAAUUCAAAAUUCUGCUAGUUUUCUGUUCACACUGUGGGAGCUCAGACUGUGAUUCAAUCAGAUCUCCGCUGGGAAGUCACGUGAUUGACAGAGGGGUGGACCACUGCACAAAUCCAAAUCCAAAACAGUGGAAUUUUGGCUUUUUUAAUUUUACCUUAUUACGCAUUGUCAUCUGAUCAUAGUUAUCACUUACAUUGUCAUUGUAACCUUCAAAUUUUCUUAAAUAAAUAUUUGCAU